CUUGACAGGAUCAAUGUGCUUUAUGCACACCACCACCUGUUAACACACAAUGACGGAAAUGGUUAUUCAUCGUUGGGAUCCGGCCAAGGAUGGCGAACUCAGUUUGCAGUCCAUGCUUACAAAACUCAAGGCUGAGGGAUGCGGUUGCGUGGACUACGAGUUCAGUCCCGGCACUAGCUUCCCCGAGCACACCCAUUCACAAGAUAAGAUGGACUGCAUCGUAAGCGGCCAACUUUGGUUCAAAAUGUUCGGCAAAGAGGUUAUCCUUGGUCCGGGGGAUCGCCUCGAGGUCCCACGCAACACGCCACAUUCUGCUCGUGUUCAUGGGGAUCAGAAAGUUGUUUUUGUUGACGCUACUCGCCGUUAGGUACCGAGUGCAUUUUUUCUCCGUGCUAUCUUGUCUCUGAUUCGUUGAAGUUCUUAUUCGUUAAUCGCAUCGUUGUCCCGGUAAUAUACUUGAAUAAAUGGUGUUUCUGAAU